GUAGGAGUUCCUCAUCAUCGGUAUCAAGGCGAGCGGCCUUUGCGGCCGUGUCCCGGCGGUUCCCAGCCACCGAAGGAAGGCCAGAUCAUGGCAUCUGUCGGCGUUCUCCCCACAUACUUCAAGUACAUUAGCGUGGCGCCCGGCGGAUCAGCUCGUAGGACUUUGCGGGUGCGGGAGAAAUACAUUGUCGUGUUGGUGCUGGCCACCUUCCUGAUGGUGUGCAUCGGGGCCGUGUUUUACCUGCCUGAACUGCGCGCGUCCAACGCCUAUCGCCAUAUCAAAAAUGCUGGGCCGGACCUGCUGCUACCCCCGCCGCAAGUGAUCGAAGACAACGUUCCCCGUCACAACGGUAUUGUCGCCGACGAGGAAGACCCGCAUAGGGCCGAGGACCGAAACAAGCUCCAGGAGAAAAUCAUUCAGGACCUCGGUCAGGGCCUCCCUAUGCAGGUCGCCAGGCCCGAAGCAGCCAGGCCUGCGUCUCCGUCUAAACUACCGUCGACUGCAGCCCGGCCUCCACAGAGCCCGGGUCUCCCCGCUGUCGACGCUAAAGCGCCCCAGGUUUCGCAUGUUCCUGACGCACAGAGAGAGGCGGAGAACCGCGAAAGAAGACAAAAAGUUAGAGAGAUGAUGAAGCACGCCUGGGACAACUAUGAGCGCUAUGCCUGGGGCGAGAAUGAGCUGCGACCCGUGUCCAAAAAGGGCCACUCAGCGGGCAUCUUUGGCAAGACUGCCAUGGGAGCCACCAUCGUGGAUGGCAUGGACACCCUCUAUCUCAUGGGCAUGGCCGAGGAAUUCCAGCGUGCUCGAAAUUGGGUGGCAGAGAACCUCAGUUUGAAUGACGUAAGUUCGGACAUCUCUGUCUUCGAGACCAACAUUCGCUUUGUAGGUGGCCUGCUUUCAUGCUACGCCUUGACUGGGGACAACAUGUUCAAGGACAAGGCUGAGGAAAUUGCCCGUCUGUUGCUUCCAGCCUUCAACACACCAAAGGGUAUACCCCAUGCCCUCAUCAACAUCAAGACGGGUGUAAGCAAGAACUAUGCUUGGGCCUCAAGUGGUGGCUCUAUUCUGGCUGAGCUGGGCACCAUGCACCUAGAGUUCUCCUACCUUAGUGACAUCACGGGCAACCCGAUCUUCCGCGAGAAAGUGGACAAAGUGCGACAGGUUUUGGCCGACCUUGACAAGCCCAAGGGCCUCUACCCCAACUACAUCAACCCCAAGACAGGACGCUGGGGACAGCACCACAUGUCUAUGGGAGCCCUGGGAGACAGCUUUUACGAGUACCUCCUGAAGGCAUGGAUCCAGUCUGAUGGUGAAGACGUACAGGCCAAGCGAUUACUGUUGGAUGCCGUCAAGGCCAUCGAGUCAAAGAUGUUGCUGCAGUCUAGGAGUGGGUUCCUCUACCUAGCUGAGAUCAAGUAUGACCGAGUGGAGCCAAAAAUGGACCAUCUGGCCUGCUUUGCAGGUGGCUUCUACGCCCUCAUUUCCCAAACACUUGGGGAGGACCCAUCGGUUACGAAGGACCACUUCAUGGAUGUAGCAAAGAACAUCACCAACACUUGUCAUGAGUCCUACGACAGGACGCCGACCAAGUUGGGCCCAGAGUCCUUCCGUUUCACAGAGCAGUUGGAGGCCAAAGCCACUAAGCAGAAUGAGAAGUACUACAUUCUACGCCCAGAAGUGAUUGAGUCGUACUUCUACCUGUGGAGGAUCACCAAGGACCAAAAGUAUCGUGAUUGGGGCUGGGAAGCUGUUCAGGCUCUGGAGAAGCACUGCCGUGUGGACGGUGGCUACACCGGCCUGAAGAACGUUUACCAAACAGACGGUCCCAAGGACGACGUCCAACAGAGCUUUUUUCUUGCGGAAACGCUCAAGUACCUCUACCUGCUCUUCUCGGACGACUCAGUGCUCCCACUAGACCAGUGGGUUCUGAACACAGAGGCACAUCCGCUACCCAUCAAGAACCGGAACCCAUCUUACAGGCCGAGCAUCAGGUGAUUGGGCGCACCAACUACCCAUCACUCCGCAGCCGUUCUUCCGCCCUCCGGUGUCCAACCUCCGAUCAGAGUGUAUAAGUCCACCAUCGUCUGGGCCGUGCCAGCGACGGUUGGACCACACGAGCAUCUAGUGACUGAACCAUAGACUAGGCAAACAGCAAUGACAGUGGAGCCGACGUGAGUCACCUUCUGCGUGAUCUUACGGACUAACCGCAGAUGGGUGAGGGAAGGUGAACAGGCUGAGCAGGAGAAACUGUAAUGGCUGGACAGUUUCUCACGGGAUGUAGCCAGUCAACGCUACAGUGAGUGUGUAUCUGCUUUUGCACAUGGCUGCAAUGUGGUUGGAACGUCGCCAUCGUCUUCUACUUGGGAGAGUUGCAAUGAACACUAGUUGUUGCUUUGGGGGGCCUUCUUCUGCGUUGUUUUUUCCUUUGGCCUUUUUUCACAGCGAUGUGUCUGACACAUGAACUCAUGUGCUUUCUUCAGCAUGUCGCUGAAUCACUGCCGUGGUGCUGCGACAUUCCCCAGUGAUAUUUCUAGAGGUUCCCCCUAUUUCCUUCCAUUUUUUUUUCAUCAUUUCUGAUCAUGAUUUUCAGAGCUGUUUAGUUAAUAUAAUAUGAGACCAUAGAUUUUGUGCACAGGGUGAAAAGGUGUGAGUGUUUUAUCUGUUUUCAUUUUUUUUUGGUAGAAGGCAAGUGUGAUGAGUGGUAUAUACAUAUAUAUAUAUAUCUAUUUUCAUUUUUUUUUUUGGUAGAAGGCAAGUGUGAUGAGUGGUAUAUACAUAUAUAUAUAUUUUCUUUUUCAUAACUAUGUGCUUCGCUGCAGUUCCAGGCUCGGCAAUAAGCAAGUAUUUUAAAGAUUCAGGAAACAGCAGAUAUUGCUGUCACGCUGCUUUAGAUGUCAGCAGUCAGUCCUAUGGCUCUUUGUGCAAGAUAGCACAAAUUACGAGUGCUGUACAUAUACUUACAACCUGCUGGCCCAGGCUACUGCUGCAUCCACUUAAAGCAAAUGAAAAUAAACAUCACUACACUCAGGAAUGCAGUGUUUGCUACUAAUCUCACAUGUUCGAGCUGCAGUUUAUUUUUUUGUUGUCCCAUAUGAUCGUGCUUGUUGCAUUACCCGAGGUCAUUUUCAUGCUGCAGCUCGUCAUAAACAGCAAAUCAAAUGUUUACAUUUUCUUGCCCGCUUAUUGCAGUAUUUUCGUUUUGCUCACACAUUUCUUGUUCAAGCAUCUCAAAACAUGGUAGUUCACUGAAUUUGUGUAAGCGAGGGUUUUUAUUUUCUUACAUAUAGCAACUUGAAUUUUUGGAUGAGAGCUAUGCACAUUAGGUCAUUUCUUAUUUAAACUCUCUGUCCCGAGUCCCAGCAGAGGCAUAGAAACAAUAUUACUGACGUAGAUAUUAGGUAGGCUUUCUACACAUAAUCAACGAAGCAUACGUGCCAUCUGGGUUGCACUACAGCAAAGUGCGACUUGCAGGACCUAGGGCAAAGGAGGUAUAUGCAGCCCAGUGCAGAGUGGUUUGACCACUUCAGUGAUGGAACCACUCAAGCACUUUGGAAACAUUAUGUGGAAAGUAUUAGUUAUCUUUCUACACCACUUCUGCACAUUGAAAAACACUUGUAUACGUCUGUUCAGCGUCAUGUGUGAUGAUGCGUUGUCUAUAUUGUUGUACUCUGACAAAGAAACAUGAUGAACUUAGAAACAGUUCUCUUUUGUACUCGACACGGUAGUACUCUGUUGUCAAGCAUUACUCUCUUGAGAACUACAGGGCUACAGAUUUGUUUGUUAUGGAGCUGAACUUUGUUGAAACCUUUUUCUACAAAACUCUUUGCUCUAUGCCGUCUUUGAGUGUGCACUAAUGACUUCAGCACUGAAUUCAUGAUGUUGCAGUGAUCUGUUGUGUACUCACCGAAUGCUGCGAGCAGUCCUGGCGCAAAGGCUUUGAAUGGAGCAGCAUUCUACUAGCUCUGGUUCAUGAAACUGGUGGUUCUGUGCCACUGACAUUGCAUUCAGACGCUCACAAUAUCUCUUUGCGAAGUGUGUACUUUAAUAUCUUUUUAAAGUUUUACUGGGCACCAUGAUUUCUAGGUAGAUGGUGUGAAAACGCCCCUGGCAAUUUGCUCACUUAGUGAAUUGAUGACGCAUCACCUAGAGACAAAGAAUGCACUUGUAGUUUGUGAAGAAUGGCAAUAGCUUUCUGUUGUUGCAGAAAAAUACUGCAAGGACUUGUGAUUGUUCUUCUAGGCAUAAAUUGCUUGAAUGUAUCUUGUAACCAGGCUGUAGUAUUGAAAGUUUUAUUCAGACUUCAGUAAAAAAGAAAUAAGGAAGUUCAAUAUGUCGCACCACAGAGAGGAAAGAAAUGGCUGAAGAGAGGCAUCUAGUGUAGCGUAGCAAAGGGACAAUUUAUGACCACGUGUAGAUAGAUCUGAAGGGCAUAGUACAUUUUAUCACUAUUGUGAUGCAACAAAUGUUUUUCAACAUGCUAGAGUUUGUUUGAUGAGCUUGGUUAUCAUAUUAUUAAAAUUUUUCUUUCUUGUGGA